AGGGAAGCCCAGAGGGGCGGCGGCCGUUGAGAUCCUCUGCGCGAAGCUUGGCGGGGUCGGGUGCUGCGGAGAAGGAUCGAAGAAGUGCAGCUGUCAAGUCCGCUGGCGCAAUGGAGACCGCCAUGCAAUUGAAACCAAGACAUCGCCCCUUUUGCUGCAGCGUGAAAGGCCACGUGAAGAUGCUGAGGCUGGUAGUAACUGCGACAUCGAUGACCUUUUUUAUCAUCGCACAAGCCCCUGAACCAUACAUUGUCAUCACUGGAUUUGAAGUCACUGUUAUUUUAUUUUUCAUAAUUUUAUAUAUAUUUAGACUUGAUCGAAUGAUGAAAUGGUUAUUUUGGCCUUUGCUUGAUAUUAUCAACUCGAUAGUAACAACAUUAUUCAUGGUCAUCGUAUCUGUUUUGGCACUGAUACCUGAAACCACAACAUGGACAAUCUUUGGAGGGGUGUUUGGACUUAUCACAGCAGUGUGCUGCCUUGCCGAUGGUAUCCUGCUUUACCGGAAGCUUUUGUUUAAUCCAAGUGGUCCUUACCAGAAAAAGCCUGUUCAUGACAGAGAAGUGUUCUAAUCUUGUGUUUCUUGUUAGUUGGCAAUAAGUAUUAAAUGUGUUUCUUUAUUCCACA